AUGGCAAAUCAACAAAAAUUCGUGGUUGUCGGGGCUGGACCAGUCGGCUCGCUUGCUGCCUUGUAUGCGGCAAAGCGAGGCCAUGAUGUAGAAUUAUACGAGCUAAGAAAUGAUCUUCGCGAUCCUGCUACUACUCCCCUGGCCUUUUCCAAGUCCAUCAAUCUGGCGCUAUCAGAGCGCGGAAUCAAUGCCAUGAGCCAUGCUGGCUCUGAAAAGCUGCUUCAGCAUGUCAAGUCAGCCACAAUUCCUAUGGAAGGACGUAUGAUUCAUGGCAGGCGCCCUUCCGGUGAGCUCUACGAGGAACCUCAGGCCUACGACAUUCAUGGCAGAACCAUCUUCGCUGUUGACCGGGCAGAUCUCAACAUGCGCUUAUUAGAUAUCUUAGAAGGGAUGCCCAAUGUCAAGUUCUUCUGGAAUCACAAGCUCACUGGUGCCGAUUUCAGACAAAGAAAAGCCUGGUUCGAAAAUCUCAACACGACAGGCAACACUCGCCGCGCAGAGGAGGUUGAAGUUCAAUUCGACUUCAUGCUAGGUGCAGAUGGCGCACACUCGGCCGUACGAUACCAUUUGAUGAAGUUUGUGCAGAUGGAUUUUGAGCAAAAGUAUAUUGAUAGCACAUGGUGCGAGUUCACUAUCCAGCCAACGCCAGCCGCCUCCAGCAAUACCAGGUCGAGGUUCAAGAUUUCACCAAAUCAUUUACAUAUUUGGCCAGGAAAGGAAUUCAUGUUCAUUGCUAUACCAAGUGAGGACGGGUCUUUCACAUGCACAUUAUUUAUGCCGAAGAGUAAAUUCGCUACACUCGAGGCAGACCCUGGCAAAUUGCCCGAAUUUUUUGACCAUCACUUUCCAGGCGUGACAUCACUUAUUCCAAAGGAUGAACUUAUCGCUUGUUUUAACAGGAAUCCGCAUCAACCACUAAUCAGCAUCAAGUGCACUCCUUACCAUUUUUCAAGCUCUGUAGCGAUACUGGGCGAUGCUGCUCAUGCCAUGGUUCCCUUCUAUGGACAAGGAAUGAACGCAGGCCUAGAAGACGUUUACACACUCUUCUCAAUCCUCGACAAGCACAGCUCUGAGGAGACGAACGACCCGCAAGGCCAAGCUAUGACGGAUCCGGCAGUCCAGCGCGCGUCAGCCCUGACAGAAUACACCGAGGUUCGAACACCAGACGCGCAUGCCAUCAAUGAUUUAGCACUGCAGAACUACAUCGAGAUGCGCGCGUCUGUGCUGUCGCCAGCGUACCGGCUACGCAAGUCUCUCGAAGAGUGGUUAUCUGUGUAUGUUCCCGGUUUGGGAUGGCAAACCAAAUAUUCUCGUGUCAGCUUCUCGAAUGAGAGAUAUUCACAGGUUAUCGCAAAGAGUGAUCACCAAGGCAAGGUGCUUGAAACAGUUUUGAAAGUGCUCUUGGUUGGCACAAUUGCCGGCAGUAUCGUGGGCAUUCGCUAUCUGAGGUCUCCUAGGCUUAGCUCGUUUAGUUUAGGACGAAUACUCGAAGCACUAAAAGGCUUUGUAAGACGUUGA